AUGUGGAACAACACAGACCUGGGCGAGCUCAGAGCUGCCGUGUUAUACAACCGUAUUGGUGCUCCACCUCUUCGUCCAGACAGUACAUCUUUCCCCAGAGAGGUCAGAGGUCAGAGGCGUGGGCAUGUGUUCAAGGUUGCCGCUCGCCGAUUGGCCGAGGAGAGUAUGAUGCACCUUCUGGUUUUUGUCCUCGGCUCAGUGGAGGUAGUUGAAGGCGGGGGGGCGAGCGGGGACUGCCCCCCUCCCUGCAGGUGUGAGGGCGAUGGGAUGCUGCAGCGGGUCGACUGUGUGGAUGUCAGUCUGAGAGAUGUUCCCUCCAACCUGAGCAGCUUCACCUCCUCUCUCUCGCUGGCAGGAAACAACUUGACAGAAAUCCCCAAAGAUGCUUUUACGGGUCUCAUCGGUCUCAGAGAGCUAAUGCUGCAGAACAAUCAUCUAAAGAGAGUUCCCUCUGAAGCGUUGGUGAACCUGAGGAACCUGCGCUCUCUGCGUCUGGAUGCAAACUUCAUCUCUCGUCUGCCAGCCGCCUCCUUUAAAGGCCUCUCGUCACUGCGUCACCUGUGGCUGGACGACAACAUCCUGACGGAGGUUCCCGUCGUCGCUCUGAGCGAUCUGUCGCAGCUUCAGGCUCUGACCCUCGCCGUCAACAACAUCCGACACAUCCCCGACCGAGCCUUCGCCUCCCUCCGCCAGCUGGUGGCGCUACAUCUCCAUGACAACCGCAUCCGCCUUUUGGGGCCAAGAUGUUUUGACGGCCUGCACAACCUGGAGAUCCUAGAUUUGAGCUUCAAUAAAAUCAGCAGAUUUCCCGAAGCAGUGAGAGGACUGCACAACCUGAGAGACCUAAACCUUCAGAACAACAACAUCGCCGUCGUCCCCGGCAACGCUUUCACUGGAAAUCCUUCAAUCCAGACCAUAAACAUCUGGAACAAUCCCGUCCACACUGUGGGACACUCGGCCUUCCAGCUGCUGCCGGAGCUCCAGACUCUAUUUCUGACUGGAAGCAUCUCUGAGUUACCAGAUUUCACUGGAACCAACAGACUGGAAACCCUGUCCAUCACAGACAGUCGCAUCUCCUUCUUACCCAACAGCAUCUGUGAGGAGCUUCCCAACCUGCAGACGCUGGAUUUAUCACAUAAUCUCAUCCAGAGUCUGCCGAGCUUCAGCCGCUGUAGAAAGAUACAAAACAAGUAA